GUUUCUGAUCGCGCUUCAUUCUCGCUCUGAAAACGCCAAAUACGCUUUCAAACCAAAAUGGAGGAUUUGUCGGUCGAGGUGUACGGUGAAAAUGGUGCUUAUUAUAAGGCCAUUGUCACCGACGUGCUCGACAACGAGGUUCUCGUAGCCUUUGAAAAUGACUGGCAGCCAGAAUCCAAGUUUCCGUUUUCCCAAGUGUUCCUGCCGCCCAAGGAUAGUGGCAAACACACAGAAUUCGUGGACAAUCAAGAGGUCGAAGUAUUUGCGAGGUCAAAUGAGAAGGAAGCAUGUGGGUGGUGGACUGCAAAUAUCAAGAUGAUAAGGGGCGAAUUCCUAGUGAUAGAGUACCUGGAGUGGGACAACUGCUACACGGAGAUAGUGCCAAAGGACCGGCUGCGCGUCAAGACGCCCAAGACGCCCAUCGACAAGACCACCUUCCACAAAUUCGAGAUCGCCGUGCCCGACGAACUUAAGGACUAUUGUGUGCGCAGUGCGAAGGUGGAGAACGCGCACAAGGAGUUCCAGAAGGCGAUCGGCGCCGCGCUGGUGUGGUUCGUGCCCGAGCGCGGCGUGCUGUGUGUCAUCUCGCGCUGCGAGACCUCGCAGAAGCGCGCGCAGAUGCUGCAGGAGAUGCACUUCAGAAAUUUAACGCAAAAGCAGUUACUACUCAAAAAGACUGAAGAGGCGGCGCGGCAGCUAGAGUCCACUAAAAUACACAACCAGGGAGGCUACUCGGACGAGUUCAGCGUGCGCGAGGACCUGAUGGGGCUGGCCAUCGGCACGCACGGCGCCAAUAUCCAGCAGGCGCGCAAGGUGCUCGGCAUCACCAACAUCGAGCUGGAGGAGGUGUCCUGCACCUUCAAGAUUUGCGGGGAGUCGGCGGAGGCGGUGCGCGCGGCGCGCACGCUGCUGGAGUACGCGGAGGAGUCCAUCAAGGUGCCGCGCGCGCUGGUCGGGAAGGUCAUCGGCAAGAACGGCAAGGUCAUCCAGGAGAUCGUCGACAAGAGCGGCGUCGUGCGGGUGAAGGUGGAGGGCGACAACGAGCCGCAGCCGUCGACGCCGCGCGAGGAGGGCAUGGUGCCCUUCGUGUUCGUCGGCACGCGCGAGAACAUCGCCAACGCCAAAGUGCUGGUCGAGUACCACGUGGCGCACCUCAAGGAGGUGGAGCAGCUGCGCGUGCAGAAGCUGGAGAUCGACCAGCAGCUGCGCGUGGUGAUGGGCGGCAGCUCCUCCUCGUACCCGCCGCCGCGCGGCGCGCCCGCCGCCCGCGCGCGCCGCCCGCGCCCGCCGCAGCAGAGAUACCCGCCCGGCGCGCGGCGAACGACGCCCGAGCUGGGCGAGGAGCGCGGCGACGGCUCGUACCGCGGCGGGCGCGCGCGGCCCCCGCGGCCCAACAGAUCAAGUGAGAGGCGCGGCGAGGAGAGGCGCGUCCCCUUGGAGAACGGGCGCGCGCACCCUCGCCCGCCGCGAGACGCGCGCGAGCCCAGGGACAACCGAGACGGGCGAGACAACCGGGACGCGCGGGACAACAGGGACGGGCGGGACAAUCGGGACGCACGAGACAACCGCGACGCGCGGGACGCGAGCGGGCGGCGACGUGACGACCGACGAAGGCAAACCGACGACGAGAGCUCCGUGCUGGACAGUCAGGACGUGUCCAGCGCCGACAGAGAGUCCGCGUCUUCGGAGGACGGCCGCGCCGCCGGCGACGCGACCGGCGCCCGCCGCCGGCGCAGGAGGCGGCAAGGUGGCGGGUGGAAGAACGGCGUGAGCGGCCCCGCGCCCGCGCCCGCCGCCACGCCCGCGCCCGCGCCCGCGCCCGCCGCCGCCAAGCCGCGCCGCGACGCGCCCAAGCCCAAGGCCGAGCCGCUGCUCAACGGCACGGCGUAGUGCCGCCGGCGCCUGCCCGCCCGCCCCCGCCGGCCGCCCCCGCCGCCGCGCGCCGCCGCCCGCCCCGGCGGCCUACACUUACUCGUAUUAUGCUUUUGUAAGAUUUGUGAUUUGUAUUCCUGAUUACUCGAUAUUGAAAAUUACACUCGUGUACGUCCCGCCCGCGCCAGGGAUCCCCGUCAAGCAAACACUCUGUACAUAUUUGGAAUCGUAUUUAUUAGUACGAGGUGGGUGUACGGACACAUUCAGCUUAUAAAACACUAGGACUAGUCAGGACGUUACACAGCGACGACUAAAUUAUGACUAAAAAAUUCUCGGAUGGGUCACGGGAGUCUGGGGUACGUUUAUUGUGACACUCAGAGCUGAUAAACGUUACGAGAUAUCGAUUACAAAUUAUGUACCUACUCUAUAAGAUUUCACUUAGCCUAUACGAAAUUCGAGCUAAUACAGUUAACUGCAGUCGGAAUAUAAACUCCACUAGGCAGCGUUACGAUAUUUAUUUACAAGGAUACCUACAUCAGUCGUUACGAUACUGUGAUAUGCAUUAUUGCCGGGAUAUCACGCUACUAUGUACAAGUACAGAUAUGCUUCAGGACUUAGAGCUCGUGGAUUCACUGACGGACUCUCGGCACCUCAGCGUAUAGUACGAGAGCCGGCGGCACAAAUGUGUACCCUCAUCUGUUAUUUAUUUGGAAUAACAAAUACAUUAUAUAAAAUAUUCACAUGCACUAUUAUAUUAAAUUGCGGCCGAAUUAAAUGUUUUUUUUUUUUAAAUUUAUUAAAUCUUUCCUCAUUGGUUAAUUUAAAAAAUUGUACCCUAGUUAAUAGAUAUCCAAAAGAGUUAAAAAAGUUAAGGGUGCAUGCUUUCACACUGCAGCUAUGGGGUUGUCAGAUAUAAAGCUUAUUCUAUGCUUAUAUUAAAUUUAUUAGGUUGUCUUUGAUCUAGUUCAUAGUUUCCUAAAUUUUGUAUGAAAAAUGUGUUUGGCCGCAAUUUAACUAGGCAAACGCAGAUUCAGUGACACAAAUGUCACUGAAUCUAUAAUUUAUUUGAUAGCAUACAUGACUAACAGAUGAGGGUGUGUAUUUGCGACGCCGGCUCUCCGAGCAGUAUAGCGGCGACAGCGCGCGGCGUCUAAUAUGUUAUCUGCCGCGCGGGUGUCGCAGUCGCGCAUGCCGCGUCACGCCGCGGAGCUCAACUGAUGUUAAAUGUCUUAUGUUAAGGCGCUUAUACAAGCCCGUUGUGAUUAUGUUGUGUUGGCCAUCGCGCCGGGCGGCCGCGUGACGAGGCAUUUACAGUUACUGAAUUAUACGGUCAGGUGCCUUAAUGUUACUAAUUGUAUCGAAAACAUCGUAUGGAAAAAAAAACAAUGUAUCAAGCGAAUCCACUAUUAGGUAUGAAUUGUAAAUGCAACUAGUGUAUUUUGAUAUGUUUCUACGGAUACUUGAUUUUGUUUUAACAUUUUUCAUCUUUGAUUAGAUUUACGUAAGUUCGAAUUUUGGACAAUUUUGUAGGACGUUCAUAGUUUGUAGGAACGGAAUACAUGAUAUUUUAACAGCGAAACGGUUCAUUUAUUUAAACUUCAAUAAAGUUGACAGUGAUAAAUUA